AUGGAUCAUAAUUAUGAGAUGAGAAAAAGAUAUCUUAGAUCUUUAGAAAUGCUUCAGAAUAGAAAGUCAAUUACUAAGUUGAUUGACAAAAAUGAAUUAAUAGGCACAUUUAAAGCAAUGCAGCCAAAUUCAGAGCAUUUUAUUUUAUCAGACUUGACUAAGAUUAACUAUUGUUAUAAGGAUGUUUGUAUAAGGACUAGUGAUGUUAGUCAGAUAACAUUUCCUAUUAACAACAGUAAUUAA